AUGGCUUCUCUGGAUCCUAUAGAUAUCAGUUCAUCAGAUAGUGAUUCAGAUUUACGUGAGAUAGACAACUAUAGGGACGAGUCUCCAAUUAGGGAUACCUCCUCAUCAGUUCCUCCCAGGAUACUUCCAGCAUGGAUGUCUCAAAAUAAUUCUAAUUUGGCAGUUCGUCAAGACCCUUCUUCUUCUUCUUCUUCCAAGAGGCAGAAUUUUGCUCAUAAUAAUAAUUUGUCAAGACCGCGCAAGCAUUUACACAUCACAGAGUCUUAUGGACCUUCAAGCUUGAUGAUUGAUGGUAAUAAUCACCAGAAGAACAGCUCAAAUAGUUCUGGUAGAUUGGUUACAAGCCCCAACAUUCACAUUUCUCAUCAACCUUUGAAGAGGUCCCUUCCUGCAUCUCUUCAUGCCUCUACAUCUAAUGUGCGAUCCAGCAGCCCAGUAGAAAAUGUUGUUGCAAGCGAACUUCGCGGCAUGUAUGCAAAUUCUUCUAAUGGGAAUAACUUGAUCAAAGAAAAUUCAAUCUGGGGCAGUGGGAGCAGUUCCUCAUUGUAUGAGAAAAAAGGAAAUAGAUUAUUGCCUCCAUCUUUGGUUCCUGGCAAGCAUACGUCGCCCUCAACAUUUGUUAGUUCUAAUGACCCUUUCCAUCAUACUGGAAUAGUUGAAGAAGGGCCUGCUGGAGCUGAUGAGAGUUUAGUUUUUCGAGCCGCCGUGCAGGACCUUCGUCAACCGACACUCGAAGCUAAUUUACCUGAAGGCCUCUUGUCGGUGCCUCUUCUUAGGCAUCAGAAAAUUGCUUUAGCAUGGAUGCUUAGUAAGGAAUCAUCUGGUUUAUGUUUGGGAGGGAUUUUGGCUGAUGACCAGGGCCUUGGUAAGACUGUGUCGACAAUUGCGCUGAUACAGAUGCAGAGACACCUUGAAAAAAAGGCCAAAAACAAAGUUUCUUGUAAUAGCAGGACAGAAGCGUUGAACUUGGAUGAUGAUGGUGGAAUUAGUGGUUUGAUUGCACUUGAUGAUGCAAACCAGAUUAAAGAAUCUGAUGAUUUUGCGAUAUUACCACGGGAAAGUAAAGGGUUCCGUAGCAGGAGGCCAACAGCAGGAACAUUGAUUGUUUGCCCAGCUAGUGUUCUUCGACAGUGGGCCCGGGAGCUGGAUGAGAAAGUUACAAGUGAGGCGAAACUUUCUGUUCUAGUUUAUCAUGGAGGCCAGAGGACUAAGGAUCCUGCUGCAUUGGCGAAGUAUGAUGCAGUCUUAACUACAUAUGCUAUUGUGACGAAUGAAGUUCCAAAACAACCGUUGGUUGAAGAGGAUGAUGAUGAACAGAAAGAUGGAGAGCUAUAUGGGCUGUCAUCUGCAUUCUCCAUGGAGAAGAAACGGAAGAAGCCCUCAGCUAAUAAGAAGUCCAAGAAGGGGAAAAAGGAUAAUGAUGUGUCUGCAUUUGAUAGUAAUAGUGGCACACUGGACAGGGUGAAGUGGUCUAGGGUUGUUCUGGAUGAAUCUCAAACAAUAAAAAAUCACAGAACUCAAGUGGCUAGAGCCUGCUGUAGCCUUAGAGCGAAAAGGAGAUGGUGCUUGUCUGGAACCCCAAUACAGAAUUCAGUGGAUGAAUUAUAUAGCUACUUCAGAUUUUUGCGAUAUGAUCCAUAUGAUAAGUUCAAAAAAUUUUCAUCCUCUAUCAAGUCCUUUAUUUUGAGGGACUCAGUUAAAGGUUACAAAAAGCUUCAGGUUGUCUUAAUGAAUAUCAUGUUGCGAAGAACAAAAGGUACAUUGAUUGAUGGUCAGCCUAUAAUCACAUUACCUCCCAAAAAAGUACAUCUGAUGAGGGUGGAUUUCUCUAUAGAAGAGCGAACUUUCUAUGAUAGGCUUGAAUCAGAUUCACGCAGACAAUUCAAGGCCUAUGCUGCUGCUGGCACCGUUAGUCAAAACUAUGCAAACAUUUUGUUAAUGCUUCUGAGACUUCGCCAAGCUUGUGACCACCCGUUACUUGUCAAAGGGGUGAGCUCUGACCCUGUUGGAAAGGUUUCAUCUCAGAUGGCCCAGAUGCUCCCCAAAGAUCUUCUAGUUAACCUGUUGAAACAAUUGGAAACUUCACAAGCAAUAUGUCUCGUAUGCAAAGAUCCUCCUGAAAAUGCAGUUGUCACAAUGUGUGGGCACGUUUUCUGCUAUCAGUGUGUCUCGGAUUAUUUAACCGGGGAAGAUAAUACAUGCCCCGCCUCUGCCUGCAAAGAACAACUCGGUGCUGAUGUUGUAUUUUCCAAAUCUACCCUUACGAAAUGCAUAUAUGAUGGGGUUGAUGGUGAUAACCCUGCUUCCAAAGAACACGGGGAGAAUUCUGUAGUUGUACAGAGUAACUAUGUAUCUUCAAAAAUCAAAUCUGCUCUCGAAAUUCUCAAGUCACAUUGCGUAUCAAAGAGAAGGCAGAGUUCCGAGUUAUAUCAUUUGGCCAGCACAUCAUCAUCAUCAGCUGAUUGUUCAGAGAGUAUAGAACGUGAAAAAGCAAUAGUUUUUUCUCAGUGGACCAGCAUGCUCGACUUGGUGGAAAUGUCCCUCAAGAAUUCAUGUAUCAGUUACCGGAGGCUUGAUGGUACUAUGUCAAUACCUGCUCGAGAUAAGGCUGUGAAAGAUUUUAACACUGAUCCUGAGGUUGACGUGAUGUUGAUGUCACUAAAAGCUGGAAACCUGGGCCUGAAUAUGGUUGCUGCUUGCCGCGUAAUCCUUUUGGAUCUAUGGUGGAAUCCCACAACAGAAGAUCAAGCGAUUGAUAGGGCUCACAGAAUAGGACAAACCCGGCCCGUGACUGUAUCGAGGCUGACCAUCAAGGACACAGUUGAAGACCGAAUUCUUGCUCUUCAGGAAGAUAAGAGAAAAAUGGUUGCAUCGGCUUUUGGUGAAGACCAAAGUGGGGGCCAACGCAGUCGCCUGACGGUGGAAGAUCUCAGGUUUUUGUUUGAAGGUCGUUGA